AUGACAUCAUGGCCAUGGGUCGUCACUCACACGGAGGAGGAGGAGGAAGGCCAGCUGGCGGGAAAGCUGAGCCUCCCCUGGCCAGGCUUCCAGGCAAGGCGAACCCGAAACCAUGCAGGGCCGGACCCUCAUUGGAACAUUACACUACCCGCUCCACACGGGGCAGGACAGAAGAUACCCACCAAGGAUGUCCUGUGGCGAACAGCCCCACCAGUGGACGUUGGGGACGGAAACCUGGGCUGGAUGCCCAUUGUGACCAAGAGUCUGAGGCCCGGCUGGAUGCUGCCAGCUCCCUGCCCCGAGACUGCCCGGGACACUCCCCUGAGGGCAGAGUGUCAGCUGUCAGCAGGGGAUCAGUUUCCCAGCUGUGUGGGGCCAAAGUCCAUGCUGUCUCUGGAUGAGAACACCUGGCUCUCUGGGAACCUCCCAGAAAGAGUGGGGGUGCUUCAGGUCCACUCAAGCUGUCUCCAGAGAGAGAACACGACCUGCUCAGGGGCAGAUGGCUCGCAUCCAGCCUGGGAGGGCGAGGCCGCCAAGAAGAGCAGCAUCCUCCUGCCAGCCCGGUACAGCACGGAGGGCAUCCUGCCUGGUUUGCUGUGCAACGGUCGUGGCUUCUGUGGCUCCUCAGACCCGGGGGCGCCCCUUGAACCCUCCACUCGCUCCAAGCACCUUCCCUGGGAAGCUGCGUCUGCCGGGUUCGCAGACAGGAACAGAAACGUGGACGGAGCCACGUGGCUGAGCCUCUGUCCUGAGAGCGAAGCCCUGCUUUGGACAAAAAAGCACAAAUUGCUACAAGCCCGGGGCACAGGCGAUCUUGCUCUGCAGAGAAGAGCGGAUGCCAGGCUGUGGAAAAGCUACCAGCUCCAGCGCUUGGCUGAGGAGUUGAGGAGAGGGUGUCGGGAGGCGCGGUACCUGCACGUCAGAGGCCUGGACCGACUGCAGUCAGCGCGUCUGUUAGGCUGGGGAGGAGGAUGGGCCAGGGAAAAUGAGCCUGACUCAGAGGGGCCCGUCCAGCGGAGAUCAGCCAGGCCCCCAAGGGCCAAGGAGAAGCAUAGAGCAGCCCCUAGCAAAGAGAGGAGUUGCAGGGAGGAGUCGGGCCAGCAACACCCCAGGCCCUCCAGGCCCCGGAAGACAGCAGCGAGCCCAGAGAAACCACAGACUACAAAAGCCAUGGGUCAGACGAUUUCUCACCUGGCCCAGCCUGAGAAGAGAAAGGGAAGGCGAGAACCUUCGACCAAGUCCGGGGGUGGCCGCGGUGCCAUCCGCCCUCGGAGGAGCAGAGGGGCGGACCUAGAAAGGCCAGACCCACUCGUGGCUGCUGUGGGAGGAAUCAGGCAUGUGGAGGGAAAAGAGAAAGGAACAGCUCGGGCGGGGAGGAGGCCACUGGGACAGGGGGCAGUUUGCUUUGUUCCAGCCCUGACCAGUCGCUCUCGGGGACAGACCAGGGGGAAGCUGAGAGACCUCGGGCAGCUGUGGCCAGCUGGUUCCAGCCACAGAAGGGAAGCUGUGUCCCCAGCAUCUCAGUGCACGCUCCGGGAGAAGAACAAGUGGCAGAAAGAGCUGGAGUUGGCCUUUGAAGAGUUGUUUGAUAUAAACAGAAAGCUGAAAAAACACCUGCGCUUGUACCUGGCACUGAAGCCCAGGACGGACCAGCACCCCGGGGAAGAGCAUGCCUUCUCAGAGAUGCGAGAAUGUGGCGCUGGGACCCCAAGAGGGAAGAAAACGGCAGACGUAGAGAUGCUGCCCGCCGGGGAACCCAGGAGCCUAGCAGAGGAGGCGGAGCAGCAGGCAGCGUCCAAGACCAACUUGAAAACGUUAAUGGGCAAGGUCAAGCCCACGUUCAGAAAUGAAAGUCGAACAUUGUCUCCUGAGGCAGGUGUAUUUAUCAGUGGAGGGGACUCAUUAUUGUAUAGCACUGAAUCUGAACAAGAGACCCCCAAACUGGGCACGCUGGCAGAGGGCUCCCUUCAGCUCCACCUUCAAGACCAGACAGACAGAGCGGGUUCAACGGCAUCCACAAGGCAGAAAGCAGAGAUGGAGCAGAGAAGACAAAAGCAACUGGAAUCACUUGAACGAACGGAACACCCAGACAUGAGCUUGGAAAUCCACUACAAGGCUGAGUUAGAAAAAGAGAGGAGGGAGCAAAGAAGGGCUCGACUGGCACAGCUGAGGUCCUCCUCCACAAGAGCCCGGGAAAGGGAGAGAGGAUCUGAGCUCAGCACCACUUCCCCAUCGGGCACCAGCCUCGCCGACAACGACUGGCACAGUCAGAUGAUCCGAGACCAGCAGCAGCAGAUUUUAGAGCAAAACAAGUUGCACAAGCAGUUUCUUGAAGAAGCCAGGAAACGCUUGCAAGAGUUCCAGAACAUAUGCUAAACGCGAGAGCCCCACCCGGGGUAAAUACAUCAUUGAUAAUGGUGAUGCCAGAACUGAUACCCGAGCCUCUAAGAUCUGUGUUUGCGUCAUUGCCUCAGAGACUAUUAGGCCUCUUUAAAAUGGGCAAUCUGGGGCCGGUGCAGUGGCUCAUGCCUGUAAUUCCAGCAGUUUGGGAGGCUGAAGUGGGCUGAUCACCUGAGGUCAGGAGUUCUAGACCAG